CUUCGCCCUCGUCGAUCUGCCGUCAAACCAAACAGAGAUGAUCACCGUCUCUUAAAAUCUUCCGACGUUUUUGUCUCUUCGAGGCCAGCCCUACGCCGUGUGCGACCCGACACCUACACAAAAGACUCCUCCGUUACGCCGAUUGUGAUCAGCAUCCAAACGAACGCUAUACAAGCGUACCUCUCUUCACUCGAACGAAUUCACCGCGUACAAACGGCUCGCCGAUACUGCCCAGGCUUUCACUUCCGACAUUUCGCAACUUCUGAGCGUUCUCGUAUAAUCUAGUCUUCGUAACAUCUGCUUUCGAAUUUUCCCAUCACACUUUCGUGACAAAAUGUCAAGAUUGGAGCCUGAGUCAGGCAUUUGGUAUGCCGUGUGUUGGAUGGUACUUUUCGUACGGAUGUUUUCGAGGCGCAUACAUACUGGGUCGUGGAUGGCCCUAAAUACGGAUGACUAUCUCAUAUGUCUUGCCAUGAUAUCUUUGACACUUCUCAUGGCUGUUAUGCACAUUAUUGUCCAUACAGACAGCAAUCUCAUCGAGCCGGGCGAGGAGAUUUCCCAUUUCAGCCCCGAAGAAAUAAGUUCGCGAAUCUACGGAUCGAAGCUCGUGCUGGUAGUGGAGCAAAUGCAAUGCAUAACCAUCUGGCUGGUGAAGGCUUGUCUUUUGCUUAUGUAUUGGCGCAUGACUGCACUGUUGCCUCAGCGUAAGGUCGUCGUUGCGGUCGCAGCUUAUGUUGCCAUUGGAUUCAUCGUCAUGGAGAUCCUCUAUUUUGGCGUUUGGUGUCGUCCCUUCAAUCAAUACUGGGCCAUUGUUCCAAACUCAUCCCAGUGUUCCGCUGCCACUAAUCACCUGAUCACGAAUGCUGUACUCAAUAUUUCGUCUGAUCUGAUGAUCAUCGCCAUCCCUAUGCCCCUUCUCUUCAAAGUGAAGUUGCCUCUCAAAAAUAAGCUCAUCCUAUGCGGCAUCUUCCUUAUCGGAACCUUUAAUAUUAUUGCCGCCGUGCUCAACAAAUACUACUCUUUCUCACACCCAUUCGGCACCGAAUGGACCGAGUGGUACCUUCGCGAAGCCUACACAGCCAUGCUGUGUGCCAACCUCCCUCUCACAUACCCCUUUAUUCAACGCAUCUUCAGACUGAGAAGCUGGUCCCACAACUCCUACGGUGGCCAGUACGUCUCGGAUUCUCAACCCCGCCUCACCACCCGAUCGGGGCUCCGCUCGCAUCGGAAAUCCCACAUCGCACUCAAAAGCAUGACGACAUCCCACGGAGGCAUCUCCAAGACCGUGAGCGUCAACAUCAACAACUCGUAUGCAGACGGGCCACACAGGCGGGAAAGCCAAGAGGGGAUCAACAUACCCGCGCUUCCAAGAGCAUACGAUGGGACGUCGGGUGGACAGCACCUGUGGAUUCCUGGAGAGCUGCGGUCGCCUACGAUGCCAAUGAGUCCUAGUAGCCAGAAAACAGUGCACAGCGAGGCAAGCGCUAGUCUGAAGAGCGAAGACGACGUCGAGGCUGCUCCAAGCAGUAAAUGAAAUGUACUUCAAUAGACUCCUAUAGAUUUCGAUUUUUGUAUAAUGUAUUACCACUACAAAUUUCUUCAAGCUGUGCAUGAGUCUCAUCACCCGUGUUGUU